AUGUGCUCUAAUUCGGGUAAUCUGAGUGAAACGCAAGACAGCUUCAAAAACCCAAAAUUGAAAAAACCCACUGCAACUCGUAAUAAACGUUACGAACAAUUUCUAUGGCAGGAAUUAUAUGAUGAGUACAUUCGCCACAACGAACGCUUAUUUAACACCAAACCAGACCCGGCUAUUACUGAAUAUUUCGAUGAAUUUUGUAAAGAUAUGCCCGCGGAAGAUGAAGCAGCUAAAGAAGCGUUAAUGGACCGCUAUCCUCUCUACUAUACAAGAGCGAUUACUUUGUGGAAUCACAACGGAGACAUCACUAAAGAUUUUAAGAAGCGUUACGUUAUAACACGUCCGGUGUAUGAGCAAACAGAGCAAUUUGGUUAA